UUUUAUAUUAAACCGCACACGGAUCAUCUCUAUAGUACUCCAACAAAAAUCAUUUUGCCCAACUUCAGGCCGAAGGCAAUGGAAUCUUCAAUAAUGUUCACAGCGAUCAUUUUGUCCGUCGUCUUAGUCAGCCUGUGCUCAGGUGCGCCAACUGCAGAGACGAAAGCAAAAGCGCCUGUGGCUUUUCUGCAAAACGACCACAUCGUUGAUGAGGCUGGUCAAUUUUCACUCGGCUUUAGCAGCGUUGACGGUAUCCGGUACACAAAACAAGGAGCUCUGGUACCAAACGACGAAGGCGACGGUUACGUUAUGGCCCAACAAGGAGAAUACUCGUUCAUCAGCCCCGAAGGAGUUGAAGUGAAAAUGGCCUACAUUGCCGACAAGGACGGUUUCCGUGUGACAGGUUACCCUCUACCAGCGCAAGCCAAGGCUUAA